GAGAGGCCGGGGGUCCCAGCGGGGCACGGGUGGGAGACCCGGGUGUACCGGGGCUGUCAUCUGACCUACCUCUCCCCGCAGCCGUCCUUCCACACGUCACAUCCCAUGCUUCCCAUACAUCUCGCCUACAUAUCCGCUCUCCCGUCACGUAACACGGUCACCCUGUGCUCCCUACGUUGCCGUGUUAUACCUCUGUCUCCGGUACUCCGCCCGCAGUAUACCGGCUUGUGCCCUCUAAUCACCCUGUACUACCCUCGUCUCACCAUAGCCCCUUUCCCAUACAUCAGCCAGUAACAAUGGCAGUUAAUGUUUAUUCCACAUCAGUGACAAGUGACAAUCUAAGUCGUCAUGACAUGCUUGCAUGGAUUAAUGAGUCUCUGCAACUCAACCUGACCAAGAUAGAGCAUUUGUGUUCAGGUAGUGUGUAUUGUCAGUUUAUGGACAUGUUGUUUCCUGGGUCAGUCACAUUAAAGAAAGUGAAAUUUCAGGCAAAGCUUGAACAUGAAUAUAUCCAAAACUAUAAAGUCCUACAAGCCGGCUUCAAGAAGAUGGGUGCUGAUAAAAUAAUUCCAGUGGACAAGCUGGUGAAAGGAAAAUUUCAAGACAACUUUGAAUUUAUACAGUGGUUUAAAAAGUUUUUUGACGCAAAUUACGAUGGUAAAGACUAUGACCCUGUUGCUGCCAGACAAGGACAAGAAACUGCCCCUGCACCAGUUCUUCCAACUCCAGUCUUGAACAAGCCCAAGAAGCCAAUGGGAUCUACAAACUCUGAUGAUUCAUUUGAAGGAAAGCAUCCAAAGACUGAAAACCUAAAGAAAAUGGCUAAAAUUGCUCCACAGAGGGUCGUUCCAGCCCAGAGGACUGCAGUUGUCAACAAACCUGCCCCAGGGAUUGGCAGAAAGGCCGCUGCAGUAGGUAAUGGAGAAGAGGAAUCUGCAGAGCUAGUUCAACAGAUAAAGGUGCUGAAAGUAACGGUUGAGGACUUAGAAAAAGAAAGAGACUUUUAUUUUGGCAAGCUAAGGAAUAUUGAACUCAUCUGUCAGGAGAAUGAGGGCGAGAGUGAUCCAGUCCUGCAGAGGAUCAUAGAGAUUCUGUAUGCUACAGAUGAGGGAUUUGUCAUACCAGAUGAAGGUGCACCACCAGAGGACCAAGAAGAAUAUUAACAGCGCUCUCCUGCCAUGCAUUUUUUUUAUUUUUAUUUUUGGCCCAAAUCAUGUGCUUAACUGUACAAACAUCCUUUUUUAUUCUCAGAGGGCUGGCUCAGCACCUCACUUUUUGAAAGUGUACUUUGCCAAAGUUUCACUCAUUUUAGUGGUUUACCCUUUGGAGAUGUCUCGUUUUGUAGCAAGAAAGUAUUAACAUAUAACUUAUUUUUUUUUUAACGUUCUUAGAGGAACGUUUGAUAAGGACUAAUGAAGGUUAAUUUGAUGGAGGCAAGAAUGUUUUAAAUUGUUGCAAAAUGGAAAUGAAAUAAGUAACAGAGACAUGUCAAGUUGGUGUUUAACACAAACAAAAAAACUAAAGACAAAAAAAGUUCAUUGCAAUGAGAUCAAGUAUGGCGGACAGGAGAUGAAAAUGCCUUAAGGAGUUUACAUGUGCUUUCAUAUCUAAGCUCAAAGUGUAAUAUGGCUUAACGAGCGUGUCUAGCUAGAUAGAUGCUCGCCAUGAAGCGAGCGGGUUCUUCAUCCUUUAAUUGCUUGCAAGUAGUGUAAGAACCCAAUGUGCUGCUCCUGGUGUGAGGUGUGGAGGGGAAUGGGUUGGUGCUGCUGCCUCUACCUCUGCUGCCUGCAUGCUAUUGCUCUUUAGGCAGGUGGCUUCAGUCCGUGCAGGCCCUCUGGCAGCCAAGAAGAUAACAGAAGUUUAAAACAAAAAUGGGUGUACAUAAGAUAAGACGAAAUAUUACUGAGGCUUAGUGAUAAAUUCCUGUAUGUUCAGCCGCCUCCCUCUUCCUUCCUUUACAUAUAUAUAUUUUUUUUGUUUUCUUCACAUUUUUAUUUUAGGUUUUUUUUUGCUUUGUUUUUUUUUUUUUGUGUAAAACUUUUUGCUAACAUUAUUUAAGAUCUCAUUCUCAAUGUGUUCUCUAUGUAUCUGCUGUAUUCUCCAGGUCACUGGGUUAUUCACUCCUGGAACAGAUGGUUUGGUUAUAUUCGUUGACAUUCUAUUUGGUAACAAAACAAGUAACGUGUAAUGCAUGAAAAGUUUGAAGGCCCUCACCUAAGCAGCUUGUGUCCUUCUGGUAGCCAGCUGUCACUGACACUGCAGUGCUACACUUUCUAAAUCUCUCGUGGCCUUUUUUUAAUACUGGUAUUUUUUUUAUUUUAUUUUUUAUUUUUUUAUUUUUUUUCCCCCUCCUUCCUUGAUUUAUCAAAAUUAGUCUUGUUUUUUUGUUUUCCCUCCUUCUUUCUCAACAGUUUUUUUUCUACUUUAAGCCAUUUCUAAAUAAAACUUCUGUAUUUCAAGAGUGAA